GGAGCUCUUGGGCCUGGGCUGGUUCCCAGUAGGUAUCGCCUCCCUGUCUUUGCUACUUCUUGCAUGUGGCCUUGUCAUUAACCCUUUCCCUUCUAAGGUAGGCCCCUGAGUUUAAGUUUCUCGGUCCUGGUACCUGGACCUGUCCUCGGUCCACUCGGCAGAGUACCUUUCUCCCAUUCGGGGAGGCACCUCUAGUGGUCUCCGUCUACAGAUCGGAGAGACUGUGUAGAUGAAAUUUAUUUCUUCCUUUACUCUCACUUCUGCCUCUGCUGCUGCUCUUAGCACUGGUCAGCUAGUUGUCUGUUGCUUCAACUGCUUCACACACCAGCUGCCUCCUGGAGAGCUUUUGUCCCUAUCCAUACUGUCACCCCCCACGUCUAGGCCACUCCAGGGAUCUGUUAAAUGUGUAAAUGUGAGCGCCCUCUUGCACUUUGUUCCUGUGGCCCUGCUGUCUCUCGUGGGAGUCAUCUCGAUUUUGAGAGCGACAGAUGACUCCUUUCCCAGGGGGCUCACACUGAACUUGCUUUCUGACAUCCCUCUGCCAACUCGUUAAAGACAUUGAACCAAAUAGGUUUCCAGGAGCAAGGGGUGUCUAGGGCAUCCAGUCAUCCAACAGAGUUUUUACUGGGCACCUGUCCUAGGCAUGUGAUAAAACGGGGACAAAAAGAACAGAGCAGAAGGAUGGGUCCUCGGUGGGUCUGGUAAUGGAUGGCUUUGGGGACAGCAUUACCGAGAGCUCAGAGACCCAGUUUCUCAGACCUUGUCACUGGGUCCAACUCCUCCUCUUAUAACUAAGGAAAUUCUGCUCCCCGGAAUUUCUCCAGUCCAUUAUCCUUCACUGUCCUGCCAGGAGCCCACAAGUUUGAAUCUCAUGUGACUGUCAAGGUCACUCAUGCUUUCAGACACAGGGGCAAACCAGUCACAGAAUACUGCAUUUGUGCUCUUAGCUCUGUUACUUCCCAGUUAGAGGCCUUGGAGGACACCCCAUACCCCACUCCCGUGUUUCUCCACUAAUCUGUAAAAUGGACAAAUGAUCCCUGAGUCUCCCAAGGCAAUGAGGAAAUAAUGACGCCUGGUAGCCACCAUGCCUCCCAGGUGUUCUCCACAUACUUGCUCAUCACCUUCCUUCAGCCCCUUUCCCUUCAUUCUGUUUGAGACAAACUCUCUUGUAGCUGACUGACCUUGAACUUGUGACCCUCCUGUUUCUAUCCCCCAAGUAUAGAGUCUUCUGUAGGAGCCCCUGACCUCAGACUUCCCUUUCCCACCCCUAGACUGACCCUCUUUCUGAGCUUGGAUAAUGGCAAAGUGCCCUGGUCCUUGUGAGGGAAACUUUUUUUAACCCUUUAAAAAGUGCAAAUCUCAGUUCUCUCUGGAGCUCAUAAAGGGAAAGUUUAUUGGUCUCAAUUAGCAGUCCCAUAAAGGAAGAAAAUUGGAGUCUUAAUGAGCUUUGUCUGAUUUACAAAAUAGCACAGGCCUCUGGGCGUUGGAUGUGUGGGGUGAAAGCCUGUCUCCCCUGUGGAUGUUGGAUAGCGCUCCAGCCUUCAAUCUAGAGUACCUGGAACCUUCGAAGUCGGGAGCUCUGGGAUGGAGCCUGAGACAGUGCUGUGGGGCCCAGAUCUGAAGGGUCCUGAAGAGAGCCGGAACAAUGCUCACAGAGACUCCCUUUCUGUCUGUAGGUGCUGAAAGUGGGAAUGAAGAGGAGAGCCCUCAGCAGGAAAGUUCUGGGGAGGAGAUCAUCUUGGGAGAUCCAGCUCAGAGUCCAGAAUCCAAGGACCCACCAGAGAUGUCCCUGGAGAGCCCCUCCCAGGAUGCCUCAGUCCCUCAGGACUCCCCAGUCCCACUCGGUUCUUCCAACCCCUUAGACCACCAGACAACUAUGGACCCAUCAGCCCCUGAGGUAGUCCCUUCCCCAUCUGAGUGGACCAAGGCUUGUGAGACCAACUGGCAGUGGGGAACCCUCACCACCUGGAACAGCACCCCAGUAGUUACUGCCAGUGAACCCAGCCUACGGGAGCUAGUGCAGGGCCGCCCUUCUGGGGCUGAGAAGCCAUACAUUUGCAAUGAGUGUGGCAAGAGCUUUAGCCAGUGGUCCAAACUGCUACGGCACCAGCGCAUCCACACAGGUGAGCGGCCCAACACAUGCUCAGAGUGUGGCAAGAGCUUCACACAGAGCUCACACCUGGUGCAGCACCAGCGCACACACACGGGCGAGAAGCCCUACAAGUGCCCCGACUGUGGCAAGUGCUUCAGCUGGAGCUCCAAUCUGGUACAGCACCAGCGCACACACACAGGCGAGAAGCCCUACAAGUGCACUGAGUGCGAGAAAGCCUUCACACAAAGCACCAACCUCAUCAAGCACCAGCGGUCCCACACUGGGGAGAAGCCCUACAAGUGUGGUGAAUGCCGGCGUGCUUUCUACCGAAGCUCAGACCUCAUCCAGCACCAGGCCACACACACAGGUGAAAAGCCCUACAAGUGCCCAGAGUGUGGCAAGCGCUUCGGUCAGAACCACAACCUGCUCAAGCACCAGAAGAUCCACGCAGGGGAGAAGCCAUAUCGCUGCACCGAGUGCGGCAAGAGCUUCAUCCAGAGCUCGGAGCUGACACAGCACCAGCGCACUCACACUGGGGAGAAGCCCUAUGAGUGCCUGGAGUGUGGCAAGAGCUUUGGCCACAGCUCCACGCUCAUCAAGCACCAGCGGACACAUCUACGAGAGGACCCCUUCAAGUGCCCUGUCUGUGGCAAGACCUUUACGCUGAGCGCCACGUUGUUACGCCAUCAGCGCACACACACAGGUGAGCGGCCCUACAAGUGCCCCGAGUGCGGCAAAAGCUUCAGUGUGAGCUCCAACCUCAUCAACCACCAGCGCAUCCACCGUGGGGAGCGGCCGUACAUCUGCGCCGACUGCGGCAAAAGCUUCAUCAUGAGCUCCACGCUCAUCCGCCACCAGCGGAUCCACACGGGCGAGAAGCCCUAUAAGUGCUCCGACUGUGGCAAGAGCUUCAUUCGAAGCUCGCACCUCAUCCAGCACCGCCGCACGCACACAGGAGAGAAACCCUACAAGUGCCCCGAGUGCGGCAAGAGCUUUAGCCAGAGCUCCAACCUCAUCACACACGUCCGCACACACAUGGACGAGAACCUCUUUGUGUGCUCGGACUGUGGCAAGGCCUUCCUGGAGGCUCAGGAGCUGGAGCAGCACCGCUUGAUCCAUGAGAGAGGCAAGACACCUGCCCGGAGAGCUCAGAGUGACAGCUUGCUAGGGCUUGGGGAUCCUUCCCUGCUGACCCCGCCACCAGGAGCCAAACCCCACAAGUGUCUGGUCUGUGGAAAGGGCUUCAAUGAUGAGGGCAUCUUCAUGCAGCACCAGCGGAUUCAUAUUGGAGAAAACCCCUACAAAAAUGCAGACGGUCUCACAGCACACUCGGCCCCCAAGCCUCCGCAGUUCCGCUCCCCCAGGGUCCCCUUUGCAGGCAAUUCACACCCAGGUGCUUCGGAGGGCAAAGCUGACCCCCCAGGACAGUCCUUGAAAGUGCCUGAGGGUCAGGAGGGCUUCAGCCAAAGGCUAGGUCAACUCUCCUCAAAGUGCUAUGUUUGUUCUCACUGUGGAGAAAGCUUCCUCGACAGGGCUGUGCUCCUGCAACAUCAGCUCACCCAUGGCAACGAAAAGCCCUUUCUCUUUCCCGAGUGUAGGAUUGGCCUUGGGGAAGGGGCAGAGCCCAGUUCCUUCCUAAGUGGAAAGCCCUUUAAAUGCCCGGAGUGCAAAAAAAGCUUUGGUCUGAGCUCUGAGUUGCUGCAGCACCAGAAAGUCCAUGCGGGUGGGAAGUCCCAGAAGAGCUCCGAGCUGGGCAAGAGCUCCUCAGUGCUGUUGGAACAUCUCAGGAGCCCCUUGGGGGCCAGACCCUAUAGCUGCUCUGAUUGUGGGGCCUCCUUCCUCGAUCGACUAGCUCUUACCUGCCACCAGGAAACCCACACUCAAGAAAGGGCCCCCACUCCUGAAGACCCCCCUUCAGAGUCAGCCACCUUGUCCACAAACCAGGAAGAUGAGGGAGAGGCCUCUACCCCCCCACCAGGCAGCAGCCAUAGGGAAGAGGAAAGUCCUAAAACUCUCUCACAGGAAAAGCCCUAUGUGUGUCCUGAAUGUGGAGAUGGCUUCACAGAAGUUGCAACGCUCCUCCUCCACAGGAGCUGUCACCCAGGUGUCUCCCUGUGAAGUAGGUCUGGAGACCAGGGACCUCUCUCUCCUGAGAAUGUGGGGAAAGCAGGACAACCCCAUCAGAUCAUAGAGAAGUGGAGGGUCAAGGACCCUGGGAAGAAGUAGUGUAUUUGCAUCAGCGAUGAGAAGCCUGUGAGAUUGUGGGUGGGAACCCCUUAUAAGCUGUAGAGAAGAACUGCUGGGUUAGAAGCCCUAUAAAUAUGUAGGAAAAAAACCCUUUAAGUCUGUAGCAGAGAAAUCCUAUAAACCAUAGUGGGUAAAAGCCCUAUUAAUUGUAGGAAGAGGUUCUAACAUGUUUCUAGUCAAACCCAUAAAACUGUAUCAAAGUCCUUAUCAGAAUCCUGUAGGGUGGUGGUGGUCUAGGGAAUACAGACAGCACUGACUAGUGAGGUGCCCUGGAUGGUGGAGGAACACCUGAACUCUUCCUAGUGUUCUCCCCUGGCAGCCUUGGACAGAGGAAAGUGACCAGCGAGGAAGUUGUGCGGGAACGCAGUAGAGCUAGAAAGAGAAGAGAAAUGGGGAGGGGAUGACUAAGUGCUUCCAGACCCACAGGUGAGACAAGACGUCUGUUGCACUGGGGGUUCUUUGGUGAAUUGUGUGUACUAGGGGAAGGAAGACUGGGGGAGGGGUGUUCCUUAUCAAUAAAAGCCCCCAAAUGGAAAAGAAGCAGAAACGACAAGCCAUUUUAAAGGCUGGAGUUUGAGGUGUAUAACAAAUCUCAAGUGUAAGAAUAUUGAGAAAAUGUUGAGAAACCACCUCAGCUAUUAGGGGAAAGUUACGUUUGUUUGAAGGAAGCAAAGCACAGUGGAGAAACUGCAGAUGGAAGCUAGCCAGUUCCUCCCCCUGGGAGCUUGUUAAACUUCAAGUGCAAGCAGGUCCCAGUUCAGGCUGUCAGGUUCUCCUCAGGCAGGCAGGACCAGUCUUUCUCCAGCCUAGCUGGAGAUGUCUACUCUGAGAGGCCUCUGGGGUUUCAAGGGGCCUCUGCCACAUUCUCAGGUCUCUCAGGUUUUACCUGAAAGCUAACUGCCACAAGUCUUACUGCAGUGGCAACCCAUUUCCUCGAAUUCUGUCCUCAGUGGAGAGAGCCACUCGCUGCUAGUCAACUUCCAAAGAAUAAAUUCCUUCAGAGAUUCAAGGCUUGUAUGUGCUUGUCCUCCCUAGACUUAUACAAGUUCAUCAGAGCCACUUGUGGGUUCUCUGUGGUGACGAGGGAUGGCAAGACAACAGAAUAGACAGCUUUGAUUUACCAGCAACACGAUGUAAACCUCAGCCUUUUGUGUGAACUCUGUAAGGCUGCCUGCAGGAUGAGCCAGCCAGGCUGCACUCGGUGGAUGUCCUGACAUGGCACAGACUGGACCAGAGUCCUUGAAGAGGCCAUGGAAACUUGACCACCUUCUUCAUCCCCAGUACUUGGAUGCCCUUGAGAUGGGGUGGCCAAAUUUGAUCUUGGCUCGGGAAAGGGAGAGAUUUCACCUGACCUUUUUGGCCUUUUUCUCCUUAGCCAGGAACCAUUGGAGGGAAACAAAAGGCUGAGAAAUGCUCCCUACCAGGCCCAUCUCCUCCUCAGACAUCACAGGCUAGAUGAGUCAUUAAUCCAGCCAAACCUGCCCACAUGCCUGUAGCUCUGUGAUGGAGAAGAGACAGUUGCCCUAAAAGUGGUUGAAGAAAAACUUUGGCAAAAACAUCAGUAACAAACACCCUUAAAAAUGGGAAGGACUGUCCCCUGAAUUUGGGUUGCAAAGGGAGUGUCCUUAGCCCAGUGCUGGCAUUAGUGACAUACUAUCCAGAGUAGGAGGACUGAUCACCAAGUGAUAUGACUCUUCAGGAGUCCUGUGCCCAGAAGAGUGACCUGGAUCCCUACAAAGCUGUGGAAGAGACCUCUUAUUCUAUUACCUAAAAGUUCAAAAAGUAGAGACCCAUCAUCUAUCCUGUUUCAAGGACCAAACUCUAGAAUACUGGGAGAAAAAUGCCAGUCCUCCUGGGAAGAGAGAAAAGGCAUGCCUUAUAUACCUACAGACAGAGAGCCUUGCUAGAGUCCCAAGUACCAGGUCGGGGAGCACCUUGGAGAUGGGGAGGAGUCUGUGUAUAUUGACAGAAAUGGAGUAGAUACUCUCCUAAGUACAAGCUGAUUUGUCCCCUUCUAAGGUGGUAGCAGAAACUAGAGGGAGAUUCUGUGUAAAACUAGGAGCAGAUUCCCUCAGACCCAGGUCUUAAAGUGUCAUCAGAAGUCUGCUGGGGGCAAGCGGUCUAUGUAGUCAUGGCUGACUGUAGACUAUGGAGAACUAAGAUGUAGCAUAUGUGAUAGGAUGCUCACAUGUUCUGGAGACAAGUGAGGGCUAUGGUCUUGACUCCAGUACUAAAUGGACCAUGUGGAUAGGUGGUGGACUGGGCUUCCUAGUAGGAAAAAGGCAGACAGAGACCUCGAGGUGAGACCUGUUCUUUUGGCCACCUCCCUCUCAGAUCCAGCUAUACCACUGAGAGAAUCUGUUGCAGGGCCCAGUCCUACUAGCUGGCUCAGGAAAAGGUCUACUGGAAUAAAAUCUGGAAGACAUAAUGGCGCCAACUCCAUACUGAGCCAGAGCCCUCAGAAGUGCCCCCGGGGAAGAGCCCAAGCAUAGGAGAGGGUGGGGCUGAUCUGCAUUCAAGGGAAACUUAGAAUUGGUGUUGAGUAUGGAGGUCAAAUAGGAUUCAUAAAGGAACUGGGUGUGAACCAUGAAUUGGGGAGAGGACUUGAAACCAUCAUCACCCCCCAGUCUGAAGUGAGUGGCUCCCAGAAUCCUUUGCCUCCACAAAGGAAGCCCCUCUCACUUGACUUCUCCCUAUGGAGUGAAGGGAAGUCCUAUUUUUGAGUGUCUUGUGUCAGUAACAGUGUUGUGUCACCAGUGGUCAUGUUGAAUAGUUGAAGAGAAUAAAGGGAGUAAGAUUUCCCA